AUGAGUCAAAACGAUGCUGCUCUUGACAGGCUCGCAAGACCAUCUCCUGAUGAUAUUGAAAUUGGCAUAAUAAGACUUACUGUUGCCGCAAUUGUAUCACUCAUGGUCAUUCCUGCAAUUCCAAUAUUCGUUUACGAACGUCUUCAGCCAAUGAUCAAGUAUCGGAGUUGGACAAUCAACAUUUUUGCAUGUGUCUCUGUAAUGAUAUGUCACUUUACAACCGGGUUUCAGUUAGUUGGUAUAUGGGUUGCUUACGAUAUGUUUUAUUAUGCAAAUCUGAUCAACAACAUUUUCUAUACUGCCAUCGUGUGUGUGUUUUUGCCAACAUACCUUCGCCAUUAUUUUCUUUUGCGCCUUUCUGCACUACAAAAGCGGCUGCUCACCAAUCAAGAUAUGCUUGAUCCGGCCAAGUAUCAAACGUUUAAACGAGAUAUUACUUUGACAAAGUUUUUUUCUAGCGAAAUGGGAGCGGUGACGUUUUUUGCCAUCAACUUUAUUGUCAGUGUGACAUUCACAAUCUAUUGCGCAAUGAUUAGCAAUGUUGACAUGAUAAUACUUGAUUUACCUACGCCCUUAUCUAAAUAUAUUGGGAUCAUGCCGGUGGUUCAAAUAUUCAUAUCACAGGGCUUUCUAUUGUGGUAUGGUCCACGAUCGCCAAAAGACAACUACAAUAUCAUGAAUCAGUUCUAUAUUAUCACUGGGACUACAUUAAUGAACGUGAUUGCCGGAGCAAUCAAAGGUGUUUCUUCAAACAGAGCAAUAUUCUUGGCGAGUGAUAAAGCCCAAAUAAUUAUUUCAUUGGUGCCCGUAUUUGUGAAUAUUGCAAUUCCCCUUCAAUUCAUCGUCACCAAGAGAAGAUACACAACCUCACUAAACACCUCGGGCAAUCUUCAACCACUGGUGAAUGGCUUUAGCGAGUCCAACUGCAAGUCUCCUAAAGUUAGCAUUGAUGAUAGUGGGAUAUGCGAUAAGCAAUCAGUCCAUUCGAAUGCCAUCACGCCCACCAGCACGACAGUGAAGUCAACAGUUUCAUUUGUUCAGCCACCCACUUCAAACUACAAUCUUCAAAAAAUCUUAUCAGAACCAACAUUAUAUGCAGCUUUUUGCACGUUUCUGUCUCAAGAAUUUUCCUUGGAAAGCUUAUUGUUUAUUGCCGCUGUUAAGCAAUUCAAAAUUCAACUACAAGACAACCUAACUAUACAAAAUGUUGAACUCCUAACUGAAACAAUUCAUAAAGACUUUAUUGAGCCAAAUUCAAUCAAUGAGAUAAAUCUACCCAAAAAGAUCAUUUCAAGGCUCGAAUUAAAUCUGCAUGGAAUCACUAACGGAACAUUUGCUUUAGGCAAGUCAUUAACGGUAUACGAUGAAGCCGCACAAUACAUUGAAAAGCUUUUGAUUAUAAACCACAUGCACAAGUUUUUAGCAAGUCCGCUGUUUUUCUCUGCUACUCGUGUACUUUUACCCUGA